AUUUCCCGUUUGGAAGAAGAAUUUUGUGUGUUUUCGUUUACACGAUUAGAACAGUCAACUGAAAAUAAACAAAAUAAUCGAAACAAAUGGAAAAAGCACAGGACAAUCAAGUGAUUGGCAAUCCCAGACGCCUUGUACUCAAACAGGCCGUUGCGAAUAUUUUACAGGAAAAAGGAUUCGAGACGGUGGAAAAACAGUGCAUCGAAACAUUGACCGAAAUGAUACAAAGUUUAAUCACAGAAAUAGGCCAAUCAUCGAGAAAUUAUUGCGAAUUAUCUGGUCGAACACAGCCGGUCAUUGGUGACGUUGUGGUCGCUCUGAUAAACGCUGGCAUCAGCAUCCAGGGCUUGGAAACGUUUGCAAAGCGUGAAAGCCGAGUGAUAUUACAACCACCACAGCAGAUUAGCGCCACCAAGCAAUUGAAUUUACUGCAAGCUGGUACGAAGAACUCUCAUCCCACCCAUAUACCCAAUCAUUUGCCAGUACUGCCAGAUCCUCAUGCAUACAUUCGAACACCGACACACAAACAACCGGUUACCGAGUACGAGGCGAUUCGGGAGAAAGCUGCCAAUCAAAAGAAAGAUGUGGAACGAGCGCUGACACGAUUUUUAGCCAAAACCAGCGAAACGCACAGUUUGUUCGACGUGGAAGAUAAUCAAAUGUUUCCGUUAAUCGCAUGCAAACCGGCAUUUCCCACAUAUUUACAAGCGCUUAACCCCACCGACCAGGUGUUCGAUUUCGAAGAGUUGGAAUACCACUAUCAAGUAGCCAAUAGAACUGAGGAUGCACCGAGCAAAGAUGCUGGCGACGAUGACGACGAUGAUGGUGACGAAAUGAAGGAGAGUAAAUCAGAAGAGAAAAUGGACGACACUGUAUCGACCGAAAUGAUUGGAGCGGUAACAGCCGCGAACAAUAGUCCAACGAUCGAUAAUCCGUAUCUGAGAGCCGCCAAAAUUCCCAAAUGAAAACCGAGCCGAUCGAAUGGAAUUUUAUAACUUUCGUUGCGAAUGGAGACUAUACAAUAUAAAUGAGUGUGUUACGUUGAUGAAAU